GGGGUGGCGGGAUGGGAAAGCGGCGGUCGUGGCGGCGAGAGCUCCAGCCCCGAUCUCCCGCUCGGCUGCUUGGUGGCACGGCACGUACCGCGCGUUGCGGCGUGGGGGCUUUUAGUGAUAGCGUCGGGGAAGGAGGGACAGCCGCGAGGUCGUUUGUGUUGGUGCCCCGAGAGGAAGGGUUGGGUUGGGGUCAGCGAGGCGGAGGCGCUGGCGGCAGCGGGGUAGGAGGAGCCGCGUGGCCGCAGCGGACCUUUGUGUAGGGUCUGUUUUGCUGUCCCCAGGUCAGACUUAUUUCAGACUUGGGCUUUCUUAGUCUGCUCUGAGCAGAACGCAGGCCGUAACUCUGGCGUGCCCAGAAACACCCCCCACCCACACCAGUGCCUUCCAUCAGCCUCUGUGCCUGCCGGGAGCUGCUAAAAGCCCUUUUACCCCCACCGGGUUCACGCCGGGUUCGGCGCGGCCCCAGUGCGGUGCGGAGGUGCGGGCAAGGCAUUGCUCGCCCUUUGUAUUUACUCUUCGAGCCGAACCGGUGAUAGAAGCGGGACUUGGCACGGGCGCAGAUAUCCAUAGGAAGAAAAGGAAUGGUGGGAGAUAGGCAGGGCUGGGAGGCGAGGCUUGGGAGAGCGCUGUCCUGCUGCCUGUUUUCUAAGCAGUAAUUUUAGAAAACGGCACUGUUUUAUGCUUUUGGUGUUUUGUUUUUGGUUUUUUUUCUGUCACUUCUUAAUGUUUACUCAAAGAGAAGAAAGAUGGGAGCGCUAUGUGAUGGUACAGUGAGAUCUGGUGUUCAGUUUCCAUUUACCUGCACAGCAGAGCUACGAGUUUGUUUGGCACCUUUUGGUUGGGUUCUCGCAUGGCACGCGCAAGUGGGUGUCUAAACAUCAUUAGCAAAGGGCGUUCUUAAAAUCCUAAUGCAAACCCCAUUAUUUUCAGCGCGGCUUUGUGUUUUAACAGGAGUUAUUUAUCAGCUGCUUACAAAACACAAAUUGCCACAAUUAAGAGGAAAUGAACUUAAUUUUGAUGGACAUUUUCCCACGUUCCUCUUCCCCUUCACUGGGGAAACGGCACAGAUGGGUGCACUGUACCCCCCGGCUGCACACCCUGGGCAUGCCGUGUGCUUUGGGUUUGGUUUGCAGACGUGGGGCAGCAGCCUGCGGUCAGGUGAACCUCAUGUGGGCUGUGGCCACGAUUUCCUGCCAGCAACAAAGGAGACAGUGCAUCAGUGGGAAAUGGAAAAGGAUGAAGUCUUUGCAGCCGUGCACUGCCUUGCUGAAAGCAUCCCAGCUCCCAGUGAGCCAUGUUAACUUUUACGGCUGAUGGAUAAAACCAAUUCUGUUAUCUUCUGAAAACAGAAAUACCCCAUCCUUUUUUCUCUUCCAUUUUUGCAAAUUCAGGGAUACGUUUGAGCUCUGACACCCGCUGCCAAUGGUGUUCCUUUCGUAAUAAAUAUCGGUUUUAAUAUUAUGCAUUUGGUAAUCUAGUUUACCCUUCAUGAAGAUUUUAUGGCACGUUCUGACGCAUACGGGGAUAGAUUUAGCACCAUAAACCGUUCCCGUUCUGCUUAUCUAAUUCUCAUUGACACCUAUGGAUAUGGAGCAGCGGAUCUGGGGCAGCCCGAGAUGGAUCCUUCUCCCACUGACACCGCUAUAGAUUGGAGUUGCUCCCCAAUACCCGACCCCCAAUGCACGUUUCUUGCUGAAGGGCAGCGGCUCGGGGCUGAUUUAUACUUCUCACCUCCAGGUGAGAGCGGGAGGCUCCGACAGAGCUCUGGGAAAUGCGGGCAGCUCGUUGUCGGGAAGGAGGUAGUGAAUGGGGCUGUGGGCCGCGGGGCUGGCUGUAACAUCCUCCUUUGCCCCUGCAGAUAUGCCCUGUGUGCAAGCGCAGUAUAGCCCUUCGCCGCCUGGUUCGAGUUAUGCAGCUCAGACCUACGCGUAUGGCUCGGAGUACAGCUCGGAGAUCAUGAACCCGGACUAUGGCAAGCUGAGCAUGGAGCUGAGCGGCACCGAGAUCACCGCCACUGCCACCACCUCCCUCCCCAGCUUCAGCACCUUCAUGGAGGGUUACUCCGGCAGCUACGAGCUCAAGCCUUCCUGCCUCUACCAAAUGCAAUCCACCUCCUCCGGCCAGAGGCCCCUCAUCAAGAUGGAAGAUGCCCGGCUCUCCACCUACCAGCCCUCGCUGCCACCCUCGGUGGACGAGAGCAUGCCCAGCACCUCUAUGUACUUCAAGCAGUCGCCUCCCUCCACGCCCACCACGCCCGGCUUCCCCCCGCACCAGAGCCUGUGGGACGAGCCCCCGCUGCCUCCCACACAGACCUGCCUGCCCCCCGGCCACCUGAUGGAGGCCGCCCCCAUGAAGACUGCGCCUCCGCGCUUCCCCCUCUUCCACUUCAAGCACUCUCCUCCCCACACGCCGCCGGCGGGCCCCCACAUGUGCUACGACCCGGCCUCCCUGAGCUUGCCGCUGGGCUCCGACAGAUCGCCAGCCAGCCAGGCGCCCAUGGAGAGCCACUCCUACGGGCUGCCCUUGGCCAAGCGGCCGGCCACCUUAGCCUUCUCACCGCUCGGCCUCAACGCGGCUGCCUCUGGCCUCAUGGGCGAGGCCAGCGGUGGUGGUGGCGGCGGGCUGCCCUCUCCGCCCAGCAGGAGUUCCUCGUCUGGGGAGGGCACGUGCGCCGUCUGCGGGGACAACGCUGCCUGCCAGCACUACGGCGUGCGGACCUGCGAGGGCUGCAAGGGCUUCUUCAAGAGGACGGUUCAGAAAAAUGCAAAAUAUGUUUGUCUGGCAAACAAGAACUGUCCGGUGGACAAGAGACGCCGUAACAGAUGUCAGUACUGCCGCUUUCAGAAGUGUCUCAGCGUCGGCAUGGUGAAAGAAGUUGUCCGCACGGACAGCCUGAAAGGGAGAAGAGGUCGGCUGCCUUCCAAACCAAAGAGCCCCCUGCAGCAGGAACCUUCGCAGCCCUCCCCGCCUUCUCCUCCCAUCAGCAUGAUGAACGCCCUCGUACGAGCUUUAACCGACUCCACGCCCAGGGAGCUCGACUAUUCACGAUACUGUUCCACCGACCAGGCUGCUGCAGGCACAGAUGCAGAACAUGUACAACAGUUCUAUAAUCUUCUGACUGCCUCCAUUGACAUAUCCAGAGGCUGGGCAGAAAAAAUUCCAGGAUUUACUGACCUCCCAAAAGAAGAUCAGACAUUACUCAUAGAAUCAGCUUUUUUGGAGCUGUUUGUACUAAGACUCUCCAUCAGGUCUGAUACUGCUGAGGAUAAGUUUGUAUUCUGCAAUGGACUUGUGCUUCAUAGACUUCAGUGCCUUCGUGGAUUUGGGGAGUGGCUCGACUCUAUUAAAGACUUUUCCUUAAACUUAAAGAGCCUUAACCUUGAUAUCCCAGCCUUAGCAAGUUUAUCAGCUCUAACUAUGAUAACAGAACGACAUGGCUUAAAAGAACCAAAGAAAGUGGAAGAGCUAUGCAACAAGAUCACAAGCAGUUUGAAAGAUCACUUAACUUUCAGUUGCCAAAACAAAGGACAGCCGCUCGAGUCCGCAGAGCCUAAGGUACUGGGUGUUCUUGCUGACUUGCGUUCUCUCUGCACACUGGGACUGCAGCGCAUCUUUUACCUGAAACUGGAAGACUUGGUGCCAGCCCCUUCCAUUAUCGACAGGCUGUUUCUGGACACCUUGCCCUUCUGAGUCCAGCCACCCUCCUGAAAGGCAAAUGCCCACCAGAGCAGGCAAACGGAUCGUGACUUACCGCUAACAUUUCUGCCCUCACUUAACAGAAAAGCAGCUCCAGCUCUAAAAUGAGGUCUUUUCUGGCGCUUUGUCCUUACAACAUGAGGCCUAAAACUUACUGGCUUACUGUUUUGGGGUUGUGUUCUUUGUUUUUCCUUUUUUUUUUUUUUUUUUUUUUUUUAGUAUUUUUUUGUGUGUGUGUGUGUGUGCGUGACUUGGGUUUUUUAAACGGCUAAUAUGGCACUUUUGGACAAUGCUAUCCCAGCAGCAGUAAAAGGUUAACACGACUGUUUCAAACCUGUUGUUUAACACCUCAUGGGACAUGAGGAAUACAGUGGUAGAAGAUGUGUGUUUGAAAUCAAGAACAGCAAAUAGUUGUUUGCCAGGGUAGUAUGUGUUUCGUGAGGAUACCGUUAGCAUACUUCCUGCAUCAAGGGCACAUACAUCAGCACAAUCGAAACAAAAAUCUCACUUUUUUAACAAAGUACAUUCAAUUGAACAUUUCAUAUAAAUCCAAUAUAGCAAAAUGACGAUGGCUGUUAGCUCCCAUGUUCAAGUGCAAUUUUUUAAAGUGCUGUCUUACUAAGUCUUGUUUAUUAACUAAUUUAUUUUAAUAUGAAAAUAAAAGGAAGAAACCAAGUGAGAAACUGACGUGCACUAACUUACAUGACAGAGUUUUCCAAACUUGACUCCGUGUAGCGUGACUUACUGACAAAUGUCUGUGGGAGACACGGGAACGACCACGGCUCAGUUGUUCCCUAGACAAGGAAAUGCAAGUAAGUAGUGGCUGGAGCGCACAGGGUCAGCAUCAGGGAUAGUUUGCCUUUAGACUUUAACAGAAGUACCUGGUUAGUAAACAGACGCACGAUGGGUUUCAAGAACAAGCAAGUCUUGUAAAAUAGUAUGAAUGUAAGUGCUAGGAAGGAUAUAGUGAGCUGCGUUUAAACAUUCCGUGUUCGUACUCCUUUUUGUAUGUUUAUACUGUUGAUGCCAUAUUAAUAUGAAAUAAUUUGUUGCAUAGUGUCUUUAUUUGUAUAAACGUUUGUAUGCAUGGUAUAUUGUAUUGGCUUUGCCUGUAUUUAUUGCAAUGACUGCCAGCUCGUAGGAGCCCUGUUACACACGAUAAGGAAAUGGGGUGUUCACACUGACUCAGAUACACCAGUUGGAAAACUAUAUACAUAUAUAUAAUGUGUAUAUAUAUAUAUGUAUAUACCUAUAUUUGUGUGUGUGUGCGUGAGCGUGCGCGUGUCUUUUUAUUAACCAUUUGUAUAUAAAAUAUCUGUCAGAUCACAAGCAGAGCUAUUUUACAGUUCAUUUGCAGUGACUUCUAAGGCAGUACUGUUUAGCACUUUGAUAUUAAAAUCUUGCUCAUGUUUUGCUAAAUUCAAAUAAUAUUUAAAGAUUUUAGUUCUAAAAAAAAACUUUAUAUGCACUGUAUUAAGUCAAAAUUUUGUUGGUCAUUUUGCUAAGGAAAUUUUUGAAUGUCAACCUGAUGUCACUGUAUCUUUUGUUAGCUUUAAACAUUCUAGCUUUUGUCUUUUUUUAAACUAUGCUGUUUAUAUGGAAAUUAAAUUAUACAAUCAAACAGAUGCCAAAUGAAUUGCCUAAUUGCUGCAAAGGAUAACCCAGAUAUCGAGUCACUGUAUGGUUUUCAAAUAGUAAUCUGGUAUUUUAUCACUUACUAUGUUUGGAUGUGCUUUUAUGAAAAAAUUAUUCUUAUAUCAAGAUUUAUAGUAGUGUCAAUAGGGAAACAGACUUCUAAUCACUAUAGUUAAUAUUUCCGGUUUACCUGCAGAUAAUAUUUGGAAAAGUAUUGCUUUUUGUAUUGACUUUUAAGCUUAUGUGCAAACAUAAUAGCAUAAUUAAAUAUCAGAGAAGCUAAUGUUUCUUGUAGGUUGCUGUAACAAGCCUGACCAGCAAGACAAAUAUAUUUUGACUGAACUUGCUUUUGUAUAUACUAGAUAUAUAUAUAUACAUAUAUAUAUAUAUAUACACACAAUCACACACAUGUGCGCAUACAAAAACAUACAGAAGCCGAAUCAGAAAGUAUGUUUACCUUUGUCUCCUUGUGUCAGACACAAGGUCCCUUGGGAAAUCACUUCUGCCUAGGGACAGAGCCUGCCAGGCGCUGAGCAUCAGCGAAGGGGUCCCAGGCGCUCCUUGUGAGCGGGCCCCUCCACUGAGUUUUCAGCACAGUACAGUGACGUUGCUUUUUGUCGGGCGAGGUUUAUUUAUUCAGUGGGAUGUGAAUGGAGGGAGCAGGUCCAGAGCCCCACGUGAGAUUUCAUGUAGCUGGUGUGCUUUAGUCUUCCAUGGAUAGUCUUAACUGUGAUACUCUCCCAUUCCCGUCACCUACCGAACCGUCCUUCAUUUCAACUCCAGUGCACAGACCCAUCGUAGAGUGCAGCCAGUGACAGGUCACGAUGGUGAAAGAAGAAUUAAUGCAGAAUAAAUCUCCUACCUUCCUCACAGCUCUCUCAGUGUGAACAUGCCUUUUUCUAGGCAGAAUUCAGGAAUAUAUCAGGUGUUAAGGGAGAGUGCCUUGCUUUUGUUUCAGACAACAGUGUUUCAAGAGUUUCUUCACUCCGCUAACUGCAGUACUUUCUUCUUUUUCCUUUUUUUUUUUUCUCCUUUUUGUGGUGUUAACCUGUGGGUUGAAAGAAACGCUCUUGUACAUAUACAAUGUAAAUUAAAAUUAUUAAAUUGAAUAAUGUUUUUUUCAGAGGCCCCAUGUGUGUUGAAUAAGUAUGCUUAAUUCUGUUAAAAUCUGAUGUGAAUUUUUUAUCAUUUAUAAAACAUUAAAAAAUUGUGUACUUGAGUCUUAAGAGUGGAAAGAUUGGUGAAGGAUGCUUAAGAACACUGGCAGUUUAAUGGCUAGUCCUUAGGUUAAAAGAGCUUUCAUAUAAAUACAGUGAGACCUGCAGUGCCUGGUUACCCAGCCUCGAUAAGCUCCUGUCCAUGACUGUCAUGGAGGCCCUGCUGUAGAGACCUCCCUCUCCUCACUGCACUUCUCCAUGUCAGCAAAAAGUUGUAAUUAACUUGCCCCAAUUAAACAGCCCCAAGGGAGGGAGGCCACAGCAUGUGUGUCUGGCUAGAAAGUGGACUGAGCUCUGAUCCCAUCUCCUGCCCUGGUAGAACCAGGCCCCAAUGGGGACGCACAGCAAUUUCUGUGGGCAGACAGCUCUCCUCCUUCGCCUGCCCUUGCCUUGCAGGAGGGAUGACUUAUCCCCCAGUGGACAAAACUGUUUAAAUCCAUUUUCUAAGCAGUUCUGAGAGGCACCUGCCCCUCGGCCAGUCUCCUGCAGGACUUGCUCAGCUGGAGGUGGCACCAAGUGAUGAGCUGUGGUAGGCUGCAGGAUUGGCACAUCGUUCUUUGGAAAUGCGGCAAAGCAAAGGGAUGUGCAAACUCUUCCAAAUCUUUUUCUUUUUUUCUUUUUUUUUAAUGGCUUAUUUUAAAAAUUAGACCACUGUUCUUAAAAUACCUACUUGGUAUGUCGAGGAGUUUUGCAUAAUAGUCCUGCUAGGUAAAACACACGGAUCUACUGACAAACCCUCAGUAUUAUCCUCAGUAUACCCUCAGUAGCUUGCCUGUAUUUCAAUUUAUAGUUACUGGGGGAACCAUAAAUUGUGUCCCUGGAUAUCAGCUCCAAUCUAGAUCACCUGCACUCAUAUCCUUAUGUGUGCCUCAUGUGCUUGUAUUCCUAAAUCACCAUGUCAGUGGCUGCGUCCCCACAAAGAGACACAAUGCCUUGGGAGCCUGGGCUGAGUCAGGAGCCUCACCUAGCAGAGACCAUCCUCAGACAGGAGGCCCCAAGGCACCCCAAAAUGAGUGACUGUAAUUAGAGGCGAGCCAAAUCUCUUUCUACAGUUUUCCUACCGUUUCUUCUCACAUUCAGGUUCAUUUGUCCAAUAUUUAGAGCUCAAAUUUCAGUUACAAUGCAGAGAAAGGAGAGAAAGAGAUUUGAUUGUACAUAAUUAAGCAUGUCUGACAAAAAUUGGCAACUCCCUCUAUGGAUACAUGAAACAUUGUUUGAUUAAUUAUUUGUAUUAUAGCAACACCUAGAGGCCGCAGCAGAGAUCAGGACCCUGCUUGGUAGCUACCCCAAUUUGCACCACCCAGGGAAGUUCCAUCCAAACAGAAAAAGUAGAAAGAAGAAAACUCGAGAGAAAAGGAGUGUUAUACAGACCGUCAAGCCCAAGGGCAGGCAGCAUUUCACUCGGAGCUGUGAGUAAAAACCUCAGCUGGCUGAGCUAGUGGCCAGCGAAUGCUCUGAUUCUGAUUGCCUUUUCUUUCCUGAGGCAAUUUUAUACAAACACAACAAAAGCAUGACAAAAUUCAAAACCGUCCAUGUAUUCCAACUUGAUCUUGUCUGCGCUGUGUGCGUGAGUGGUGCCCUGUCAUCCAUCAGACUUCAAAAUCCUGCUCGAUCCCAAGUUCGGAAGAUGUGAUGCAAGCUUGGUAGUAUUUGGAAAAGAGCUACUUAGCUGUUCUUUAUUAAAUGAAUGGAGCUGAUCAUCGGGAAUAUUACAAGAUAUGGAUUAAACAAUAAUUACUAAUGAAUAAAAAAGAUUAACUUUUGAAAAUGCCAAACUACUGAUGCAGUAAUUGAAUCAAUGUAGACUCAAUUAAUCAAACUCUUAACAGUUGAUGAUAUAUUUGAGAACUGUACCCCUGACCUACAUUUGUGAGAAUUCCAAAUACAGCAAUUUGUCAAAUGUGAGCUAAGGAAACUCAUUUACUCUAUGGAAACACUUUUAGCAUUAUUUCUUUUGUUUUCUUUUUUAAGACACCCUUUCAUUAUAUUCACAACAUGGGAUGUUUUGGCUGCAUUGGGUUACAGAAGAAAUUUGAACAUGGGACGUUGUGAUGUGGCUGUGAAAACUGGAUGAGAUUCUUGACUUGAACUCAGAAAAGCAAGGGUUUCCUUAAGAAAUGUGGGAAUCCAGCUGUAAUUUGAUACUAUGUGUAUCUCAACAAACCCACAUGUGUACAAUGGAUCUACUCUAAUGUCAAGUAUAAGAUUCUGAAGUUAUGAAGAGACAAGA